AUGGAUGAAACACUGAGUCAAGCGUCGACCUUGUCUGUCCUGGAAGAAGACGGGAAGGCGAAUCAAAGUCAGCAACAAAGCUUCCCAUGGAAGACCUUCAAGAAGUGGACCAAGGACGUACUUGAUCUGCGAGGUUCAUGGAACUGUUGUGACCCUUCGCUCGACGACGUGGAUGACAAGAACGGGGGGCAACACACUCGCCGCACGGCGGCCCCGACUCAAGUGAGCAUAUCCCCAUCAUUGCCACGUUCGGUAUCGCUUGGGAACCGAGGCCCACUAGUAUCUCGUCCCUUGCAGUCUUCAGGUCAAAUUAAUGUCGCCGCCUUACAAGAUAAUGGGAAGGAAUCUCAAAGGAAUGAAGCCUCAGCCCCAGCAGCCAAUGACAUCCCUCCUGACCAAGAGGUUCGAAUGUUCCUUCAGCCAGAGACGCGAUCCAUCAGCCAAGAACAGCUGGUCAAUGAAGUCAAGGGCAUCUACGCUGGCCUUGUGAUGGUGGAGAAGAAAUGCAUGGAAAUAUGUCAGUCCCAGUCUCAAACAACAAACAAGCUGUCGAAUGAGCAGUGGCAGGCCCUCAUCGCCUUACACCGCACUCUCCUUCAUGAGCACCACGACUUCUUCCUAGCCUCUCAACAUCCCACCGC